UUCCAUCCAUUUCUUCUUCUUCCUCCUUCACUUUCUCUUUUUCUUCCCUCUGCAAAUUUCAACCUUUUUACCAUGUCUGUGAAGCUCCAUAUUCCCUCUACAUAAUAUACUUAGGGUACUAUGACGAUAAUGUGCUAACCUUAGUGUUGGAAUUUCCUAAUGUACAUUAAUGAUAAUGUUACCCUUAGAAUUCCCUUAACACAUGUCAGAGACGAAUCCAGAAUCUAAAAUUCGUAUUGGAAGCAGGAAGAUUAUAAUUUGAUUAAGUAGUAAACAAGAUUUUACUAUAUGGGAAAGAGCUUGAAACAUCAAGAUCCUAGUAUUAGUCCAGAAAAUCCUAAGGGAUGCAUGUGGGGAAUACUUCACAAUUUGAAUCACAACCGAUGGCAACAAGUCAGGAAACACCUUCCACAUAAAAGGCAGGGCUGUGGAAAGCAGAUUGCUGUGGUUGAAGAUGUAGGGGAUAAUGCAACAACUACUGAUUCUGGUGAUAUGCAAGAAAGAGUAGAAGGCAGAUUGGAGAAUUCCUCUAUUGUAGCGAAAACUAUAGAGCCUGUUCAAGUGUCCAAAAGUUCGAUGUUAUCGCGGAUAAGAUCUUUGAUUACUGAAGAGACAACUAAGAAAAAGGGUAGGCAUCGCAGAAGCUCAUCGUGUCCUAUACAGCUCGAACGAACUAAUUCUAUUCAUCAUCUAGAUCUUGCUGAUCUACAAUCUUCUCAUGAAAUUCCCUUAAGUGACAAGACUUUGGAGAAGGAGAAUUAUUCUGUUGCCAGUCUAUUAGACCCUCCGACAAAAAAGACACGCGAGCCUAUUGAAUCAGAAAACAUGAGAAAGGACUUAUCUUCACUGCAGCUACAUAGCACUCAGGCUUCCAAAUCAAGGUUUGACUUUAUCAAGUCGGUUUCGUUUCCUUCACGUGGAUCACGGGGAAGAAGAUCUGCUAGGUCAAGGAAUCAUAAGAACAAGUUGGAAUGUGACUAUCAUGCAAAAGGGGAAAAUGAGUCCGGUUUUGCAGAACAAUUGAAUAGCCAUUCAGUGACAUCAACAGAUUUGAGUAGCGAAGAUGAUGAUGUUGGACAACAUGUGGUGAAAAGACUUGAAUCAUUUAACAACGUCUCUCCACGUUCACCUCAUGCAGAAAAGAAACAUCACGAGAGUAAACUCAUCCUCGAUCGUUUUAAGAAUCUACGGAGAAAAAUAAGGCACGCAAUUAAGGAGAGUAGAAAGGACAGGCGAAUUAUCAUGGAUGCUGUCCUUCAUAAGGUUCCACACGGUCGUGGAUCAUCCAAAAAGGGAAACAAUAUAGUUGAGGAGAAAACUACAGAUAGACAUGUGAAAUACUUCCCGGGAAGUACUUGUACUCAUUGCAGUUCUCCGUUUAGCAAGAGUGAAAUGAAAUAUUUUAGGAGAACAUCAUCUGUCAAUGAAUCAUUGGACAGAUAUAAUCAAUUACUUGACACCUGCUUCUAUAGGGAAGAAAAACAGAAUUUUUUUGAUAGGUCGAGUUUUAGAGCAUCUCGAUCACCUUCACCAGCUAGAAGUAGAAGCCCUAUAGGCAGCCUAGAGAGAAUUCUUUCUAUGCCUGAUCUCAGGUAUUACUCUUCUUUCAAAUUUGACGACUCUCCUGAACCCGGUUACUCAUCAUAUAAACUAGCUAGAGCUGCAUCGAGCAACAACAUAAGUGUCGGAAGUACCAAGUCCAACGAACAGAAGUCCUUCAAUAUCCCUUUAGGUUCAGAAAACCAAACUGAAGAAGGUUACUAUUCGGAUUCCAAGAGUACAAUUUUUCUUGAUGUCAAUGAGACGUUUGAUGAUUUUGGUGGCUUAAAGACAGACGAGACCUCUUCCUCGGUUGAAAAUGUUAAUGGAGUCACUUCAUCUCUUAAUUCAACAUUAGAUAAAUCAAUUCCUCUUCCGGAUAUUAUUUUUCAGAAUGCUACUAGCCCAGCUAAUCUCUCAGCAUCUCAAGGUGCAGAAGAGGAUACAGUGAACACCGAUAAAAAAGGAAUUUCAGCUAGUGAACUAAACAGAAUUCAUUUGCAAAUUCAGGUUGAUAAGAGAUAUAAACCUGAAUUCAAUUAUGUAAAAGAUGUACUAGAACUAUCUGGCUUCAGUGGAAAUGAUCAGUUUCUAGGAAAGUGGCAUUCUACUGACCAUCCAGUGAAUCCGUCAGUAUUUGAGGAAUUGGAAAUUUGUGCUGAUAUGUCAUGUGAUCAACUGCUUUUGUUUGAUUUAGUCAAUGAGGUCUUGUUACAAAUCUACGAGAGAUCAUGUUCCUAUUGGCCAAAGUCGUUAACAUGUCGUUCUUUUAUCCAUACAAUGCCUGUUGGUUACCAUGUCCUUGGGGAGGUUUGGACUGAUAUAAACUCGUGUCUCGAAUCUGAAAUGAAGAUUGAUCAACCAAUUGAUGAUGCUGUUAGUCGCGAUCUAGCAAAAGAUGAAACUUGGAUGAACCUUCAGUUUGAUGCUGUGUGUGUUGGACUGGAGCUCGAGGAUCUCAUAUUAGAUGAUCUUAUAGAAGAACUGAUUUUCAUUUGACACAUUCGGACAUUGCUUGGUCAAAUUAAUGCUCUAGAAUUAUAGCCCAUAAUUUUUGGCUGUGGUACGGGAAGGAGAGGUGAGAUCUACUCAUUGAUUUUAUAUUAGAUGAGCAGUUAGACUAUGAUCGUUCCGAGCCAUGGGCACAUAGAGUGACACACUAUACUCAAGAAUGAAUUGUUAUGCGGUCACUAAACUCUUUCCUUUCUGCUCGCAGCCUAUUCGGAGGAUCAUGUGUUUUUCUACACAGAAGGAAUCUUGAGCACAUAUUUGUUCACAAAAUUCUGAGACUGUACAGAUUUUGGUAGAUUAGGCAGUAAAGCUUGGGGAUGUAGAAUAUUGUUGGGGCUUUUUGUCCUAUAACAACAAAGACGACGACAACAACAGCAUACCCAAUAUUUUUUUGUACUAUAAGAAGCUGGAAAAAGCUUCUCCUAACAAAGCCAGCAGGGUUAAUUUUCUGCCCUUCUAAAGAAUUGACACAUGUACUGUAUGGCCUCAU